ACAUUAACAUAUGCAAUAUACAUACACAAAAUUAUAAUUCACGAAUUAUAAAUUUGUAUUUGAAAUAUGGCGCAAAGUAGAACAGAUAGAAUUGGAACAAUAUUUUCAAGAAUGACAGCAUUGGUACGUGCAGAUGUAUUACACCCAAAUAAUUUACCAUUAUGGUAUGAAGUAUAUAAAACAUUUCCUCCAAAAUAUGAACCAAAAUAUAAUAGAAAACCACCAACAACAGAAAUACAAAAUAUAUUUUACCAAGAAGAUCUUAUAAGGGCAAAAUUUCAAAAAGAUAUAUCAGUCCCUAUAAUAGAUAUGAAAAAUAAUGAUGUUACCAAAACUCAAAUGUUUUAUACUUUAUAUGAAUGCUUAUUACAGGGUGGUGUUGAAAAAGAAGAAGCAUACAAGAAAGCAAUGAUAAGAUAUAAAUCAAUUUUCAAGAUUUACGAAUCUAAAAAAUCACAUAAAAGUACUAAACCGAACAAACCUUAGGAUCUUAUAUAUAUAUAUUGUGUAUUAUAUAUAUAUAUUUGUAAUAAUAUACGAAAUAGAAAAAAAACUAUAUUACAUGUAUAUUUAUU